UGACAGUGAAAGGGGCGUGGCGGACUGGCGUGCAAUAGACACUGUGCGCCUGCGCAUCGGGUCAUUUUCUGCCGGGGCGGCCUCUAGCCGGUCCCCUCACGUUGACAGCACUGUCCUCCUGCCUUCCUCCUGCCACCAGAAGCUAAGCAGCUCUGCUCUGACAUGCCCUGCCGCGAUGUUUCUGCUUUGGAGUCAGUCGGCCAUGGACCGAAUCCACCAUCCACAAGUUUGCUAGUACGUAAAAAACAACCCAAUUGCCUUGUCCUGGGAAGUAGCAAUCCUGCCAAAUACACCUGCUUGCCGGGGACAGAGGAUGUGAUGGAGCUGCUCGAAGAAGACCUCACGUGUCCAAUUUGCUGCAGUCUGUUUGAUGAUCCUCGAGUUUUGCCUUGCUCACACAACUUCUGCAAAAAAUGCUUAGAAGGUCUCCUAGAAGGGAAUGUGCGCAAUUCUUUAUGGAGACCAGCUCCAUUCAAGUGCCCAACAUGUCGGAAAGAAACUUCAGCUACUGGAGUUAAUAGCCUGCAGGUUAAUUACUCCCUGAAGGGUAUUGUGGAGAAGUACAACAAAAUCAAGAUCUCUCCCAAAAUGCCAGUGUGUAAAGGACACUUGGGGCAGCCUCUCAACAUUUUCUGCCUAACUGAUAUGCAGCUGAUUUGUGGGAUCUGUGCUACUCGUGGUGACCACACCAAGCAUGUCUUCUGUUCUAUUGAAGAUGCCUAUGUUCAGGAGAGGGAUGCCUUUGAGUCCCUCUUCCAGAGUUUUGAGACCUGGCGUCGGGGAGAUGCUCUUUCUCGCUUGGAUACUUUGGAAACUAGCAAGAGGAAAUCCCUACAGCUACUGACUAAAGAUUCUGAUAAAGUCAAGGAGUUUUUUGAGAAAUUACAACACACAUUAGAUCAAAAGAAAAAUGAAAUCCUGUCUGACUUUGAGACCAUGAAACUUGCAGUUAUGCAGGCCUAUGACCCAGAGAUCAAUAAGCUCAAUACAAUCUUACAGGAGCAACGAAUGGCCUUUAAUAUUGCUGAGGCUUUCAAAGAUGUGUCAGAACCCAUCAUAUUUCUACAACAGAUGCAGGAGUUCAGGGAGAAAAUCAAAGUAAUCAAGGAGACUCCUUUACCUCCCUCUAAUUUGCCCACAAGCCCUUUUAUGAAGAACUUUGAUACCAGUCAGUGGGAGGAUAUUAAAUUAAUAGAUGUGGACAAACUUGCUUUGCCUCAGGACACUGGUACACUGAUUAGCAAGAUACCCUGGAGCUUCUAUCUGUUGCUUGUGGUCAUCCUUUUGCUUGGCCUCCUCACUUUCUUUGGUCCUGCCAUGUUCCUGGAAUGGUCUCUAUUUGAUGAAUUGGCAACUUGGAAAGACCAUUUUUCAAACUUUACUUCUUGUCUGACUAAAGCAGCUGAUUUUAUGGAACAGUCGGUUUUUUACUGGGAACAAAUGAUAGAUGGGUUUCUCAUUUUCAGUGCAAGAGUCAAGAGUUUUACUUUGGUGGUGCUGAACAAUGUGGCAGAAUUUGUGUGCAAAUAUAAACUAUUAUAAAAUCUCAA